AUGGUGUUGCUAUUGGAGGUGGAUGGCAAGGACUGGUGGCUUAGAUCAACUUGGGUUGUUGGUUAUUACAUUUUUGGCCUCCCACUUGGGUUCCUUCUUGGUUAUAAAGCAAACUUGGGAGUGAAGGGAAUUUGUGGAGGCAUGGUAUGUGGAACUGCUCUUCAAACGUUGCUUCUUUUGAUAGUGCUUCAUAGAACCCUCUGGAACAAGGAGGUUGAACAAUCUUCGGAGUGA